CUCUUUCUCUCUCUGCCUCCACCGCGCGCUCACGACCCGAGGCAACUUCAUAAUUUAAACUUUUUUUUUUUUUCAUUUGUCACAAGACUGGAGUGAGAGUAGGUUUGUCAUUUCCCUUGACAGUAAUAUUCAUCUCUCAGAAUUAAACUUCGCAAGGUUUUUCCUCGUUUUCCCCUCUGUCCGCAGAUUUUUUGAAGACGCCCAGAUAGUUUCCUGAGAACUUCACAUAUUUCAAGACAAGUCCAAAGUAGCGCCACCAUGCUGAUCAUCUUAUUCCUCAUCAUCCUCUUCCAUGUGGCUGCGGCUACUCUGCUCUUCGUGGCCACCAUCUACAACGCGUGGUGGGUGGUGACCCCUACUGGCCGUGAUGCGAUCUACACCGACUUGUGGUAUUCCUGCAACAACACCUGCAUCCCAGUGGAGAACAGCCAUUCUACUAGUGCUGCCUAUCUGCAGACGGUCCAAGCCGCCAUGAUCCUGUCCACCAUUUUGUGCUGUAUCAGCUUCUUUGUCUUCAUCCUCCAGCUCUUCCGACUGAGACAGGGAGAGAGAUUUGUUUUUACUGCCAUUAUCCAGCUCCUGGCCUGCCUGUGCGUAAUGAUCGCAGCCUCGGUCUACACUGCCCAGAAGGAGACUUUCCAUGGUCCCAGUCUCCGUGAUGGUUCCUACGGCGCGUCCUUCAUCGUCGCCUGGGUGGCCUUCCCCAUGACCCUCCUCAGUGGCCUCAUGUAUCUAGUACUGAGGAAACGCAAAUAGAACAGUAAAAGCACAAUACAACAUCUAUAGAAAUACUUACAAGUCCUCCACAUUAACUUUUGAAUUCUGCUGGUGCACUGUUAUCGCCGAUUGUGCCAAAUGUAAACAAACUAUGCCUCGAAUGACUGAAUAUUGCAGAUGAAGUUGCUAUGAAAUUGAAAAUCUUGAGAUAGUGCCAUAGGACAUUAUAUGGUAAAUAAACACACCAGAUUCAAAAUGAGUCAGAGCUGCAAGAUUUAUCGCAGUCUAAUUGAAAUGACAAUUUGAAUGGACGCAAUUAGCAAAUCACAAAGGUUUUUGAAGUGUCAUAAUUUCCUCCACAAAUAACAAAAUAUUAAGUUUUACUCUGCGUAUAAACUGCUAUCCCUGUAGUUUUGAUCUGUACAAGCAAGUUCUGAAAUGUGAUUCUUGUCUUAGUUUGUCAGUUCAUACAUCUUUUUGCGUUAAAAUUGUGAACUUUGAGCUAUUAUUAAAACAUAAAUUGCAAAUCUUUUCACAAUAAGAUGAAAUUAACCUUAUCAAUGGUUGCAAUCAAUUUACGUUGCUCUUUCUGAGCUGCUUAUCUGGCAACCUCAGCAUUAUUAGUUUUCACUCAUAGAAAUCACGAUUCCUAUGAUGACAAAUUAAGAUUGUUGCCACAGUGAUUAACAUUUUAAAACAAAUAAUAUCUCUAGCUUCAACUCCUUGCCAUUUCUCCUUUUCUUAAAGCUUCCAUAUAAUCUUGUUUUAGCCCAUUUUAGUCCUGAUCUAGACUCGGUUCUGGUCUUGAUUUAGUCCCAGUUUUGAUGUUUUGUGAAUGCACCCAAAUUCAAUUCUAGCAACUACUGUUUUUAGUCUCAUUUAAACUGUUCCAUCCUCCCAACUAAACCUUAUUAGUCAAUUUCAUAUGCACUGUACUUCCAAUCAUACAUUUCUUAUUGUAUGAAUUAAAACACCAUUAAAAUUAUUUCCAAAAUUGAUUUAAAUAGUAUGAGGUUAUUUCCAUGGCUGCCCACUUUUUACUCUUCAAAUCAAAAUUUUCAGGUAAUUUUAUUUUAUAUUUUGGUCGCUUAUUCCAAUGCACUGAUCCAAAAAUCACUGAUUGUGUAUUCACCUUUAUCAUAUAACAUACUAUUCAUUAUAUUACAAAUGUGGAUUCUCGUUACCUCUUGCAAUAUUUUCACAAUUGCAAAACAUUUAAAGAUUUCUGUUGAUUUUAAACCAAAUUUUGUGAAAUAAUUUUUGUAAAUAUUUGCUGUGUAUGUAUAGUUUAGAUGAAUGUAGUUCUCCUUAGUUAUAGAUGUGUAGUGUUGAUGUAGUGUAGGCUUUAUUUGUAGUAUUUGAACUUUCUUGUUACUGACUUUUGUGGGUUAUUUUUGUUCUUUUUUAUUUUAUUUUUUUAAAUGAUACCAAAGACACACUGUGGCUUUUGGGACAACAACAUUGAAACAUGCAAUUUGAAGCAAACUUGGAAGGAACAUUUUUUGUUAUACCAAAUCUAUUUAUUUGAUCACUGUAUUUUCAUAUCAUGUGACUGAUGGUGCAAGAAACAAGUAUUUUGGUAUGUCUCACUUGAAGUAGUUCAUAACAUUGCAAAGGUAAUAUUUUCCUAACUAAUGACAUUGUUGUAGCAUAAUGCUGUGGGUUAUUGCAUUGUUGACAAAAGUUUUAUGUAAAAUAAACUUCAUUUGAAAACA